CCUACUUGGUCAUGAAUGCAGCAUAAAUUGAAUAUAGCAAUACGCACGCGCGUAAUGACAUUUGACGCUGAUCGAGAUUUUCCUAGUGGUAUCGAAAGUCUUGCUAUCCCUUUUAGCCAAGUGUAGGCCAGUAAACCGUGUUUGGUAGGACUCUGGAACCCCGAACAGCGAAUUCAUAAAAGGACCCGUCGUCACAUUUAUUGCUAAGUUACCACUCUUUGUACUGUGUUUCUGUCCUGUGGCUAAGCUAAAAGAUGGUGAAGCCAGACAUUCACACUCUGGCCCACCACCUGAAACAGGAGAGGCUGUAUGUGGCUUCAGAGAAACAGCUUAUCCAGCGACUCAAUUGUGAAGUACUCAAGACUGCAGAAAAGCUCUACCGUGCAGCCUGGAUAGCUAAGCAACAGAGGAUUAACCUUGAUCGCCUCAUCCUCACCAGUGCUGAGGCAUCCCCAGCUGAAUGCUGUUUGCAUGCUAAGGUGUUAGAGAGUACACAGUUUGUUGAUGGCUACAAGACUCUGGGAUUUCAGGAGAGUAUCUACGGAGAGUUCCUUGGGCGACUGAGGGAAAAUCCACGCCUGGUGGCCUCGUGUCUGGUUGCUGGGGAGAAGCUUAACCAAGAACAUGCACAAGGCGUGAUCCACACUGUUUUUACCUCACUUUAUGGAAACUGCAUCAUGCAAGAGGAUGAAAUCUACCUACUACAAGUCCUGCGUUAUCUAAUUGAGUUCGAGCUGAAGGAGAGUGAUAAUCCACGUCGUCUUCUACGGCGGGGCACAUGUGCUUUUAGUAUCCUGUUUAAGCUAUUUUCUGAGGGCCUGUACUCUGCCAAACUAUUCCUCACUGCCACCUUACAUGAGCCCAUUAUGCAGCUGCUGGUGGAAGAUGAAGACCAUCUAGAGACUGAUCCAGCCAAAGUGACUGAAAGAUUCACGCCAACACAACAGGAGCGCCUUUUUGGCGAAAAGGGCUCAGAUUCCUACAGUCAAAAGAUUCAGGCAGUUGUAGAAUCCAAUCAAGCCAAGCUUGUGGUUCUUGUGAAUUCAUUUAUUGGCUAUUUGAAGCAAAAUACCUAUUGCUUCCCUCAGAGCUUGCGCUGGAUCGUGUCACAGAUGUACAAAUCUUUGGUGCAAAUGGAGGGGCUAGAUGUUGGGGAGGUGAGGACCAUGUGCACAGACCUGUUGCUGACUUGUUUCAUCUGCCCAGCCAUUGUCAGCCCUGAACAGUAUGGAAUCAUCUCGGAUGCUCCCAUUAAUGAAGUGGCACGCUUUAACCUAAUGCAGGUGGGGCAGUUGCUACAGCAGUUAGCCAUGGCUGACACAGAUGAUGGAGAUCCUCGACGGAAAAGCAAUUUGUCGAAAUUUGACAAGAGUUGUGUCGCUGCCUUUUUGGAUGUAAUGACUGAUGGAAGAAUUAUGGAGACCCCUCCCAUGUCUUCAAUGAACCUUUUAGAGGGUCUCACACGAACUGUGGUUUAUAUCACAAACAAUCAGCUUCUGGCUUUGGUGGACUUUAUGCGCAGUGUGACUGCUGGUGACCAGCUCAGAGAGGAAGACCACUUGGCUUUGGAGACUCUGCUAACCAAUGUACCUCAGUCCCAUCCAGUCAAGAGCAACAGUGUGGAGCUCACACCUCAGCUUUCCCCAGCUACGACAUCUGCCAACAGGAAGAACAGACUACCCCUAGCAGCCACCCGUAGCCGCUCCCGCUCCAACAUCACUCAGGACACAGAGUCGGAUGCUAGUUACCAGGAUCCCCAGCAGGAAGUCAUGCCUGAGGAGGUUUUGGUCAUCUCAUUAGGAACUUCCUCGCAGACCAUGCCUGGAAUGAUGCCUGAAAAUGAGGUGCUGAACUUGCAACUUUCUGAUGACCCUCAAGGAGAUGCCCCAUCUGAUGAGGCUAAACUGCAUGGCAAACCUGACAAAACCCUCCGCUUCUCUCUAUGCAGUGACAAUCUGGAAGGAGUCUCUGAGGGGCCAUCUAACCGCUCAAACUCUGUCUCAUCUCUGGACAUGGAAGCGGAAUCUGUGUCUGACUUGGGCCCAGGGCCAUCUGUCAGUAAUGGUGUUGAAGCUCUGCAGCUACUGGAACAUGAACAAGCCACCACACAGGAUAAUCUGGAUGAUAAACUCAGAAAAUUUGAGAUUCGGGACAUGAUGGGUCUGACAGAUGAUCGGGAUAUCUCCGAGACGGUCAGUGAAACCUGGAGCACUGAUGUCCUUGGUAGUGACUUUGAUCCUAAUAUAGAUGAAGACAGACUUCAGGAAAUAUCAGGGGCUAUGGUGGAGCAUAUGCUGGGGAGUCUACUGUGCUUCCCAGCACCUGGCCCUGUUCUUUUGGACCCCUGCGGUUCAACAGAGACUACAAGUGAGGCUUGGAGUGUGGAAGUCCUGCCCAGCGACUCAGAAACUGCAGAUUUAAAGCAAGAGGAGCGCUUGCAGGAGUUAGAAAGCUGCUCAGGGGUGGGCAGCACUUCAGAUGAUACUGAAGUCAGAGAGGUCAGCUCCCGACCAAGCACCCCAGGAUUAAGCAUCAUCUCAGGUGUUAGUGCAACAUCUGAAGACAUCCCCAACAAGAUUGAAGACCUGCGCUCAGAAUGUAGCUCAGAUUUUGGAGGUAAAGACUCUGUCACAAGCCCAGAUGGAGACGAUUCUGUACACGGAGCGCAUGGUUUGUCCUGUGCACCUGCUCAAGCUGAUAGUCUGCUGACCAUGUUUGAUCCUCUCUCCUCUGGAGAAGGUACUGGUACCGUAGUUCGGCCUAAGGCACACUAUGCUAGGCCCCCUCAUCCUCCCCCAGACCCACCAAUCCCAGAGACUUGUGCCAUAGGACCUUCUGAACCCAGAGCAUCUCUCUUCUCCACCCAUGAUCCGGAGCACCCCAAGCAGAGGCACUCGUAUCCUGAACGUCUCGUCAGGAGCCGCAGCACAGACAUCGUAUGUGCAGGGCGCAGACCCAAUAGUGAUCCAGGAAUAAAUCGCAGGACCAUGGUGGAAGAUCAGGACCAAGCGGUUGCUUUUGCUACUGGAUCCACCACGUCCCCAAGCAAAGAUUCGCUCAAAGUGGAGCUUGAUGACAAAAAGGACAGUGAUGACGAGAAAUCGGAUAGGAACAGACCCUGGUGGAAGAAACGAUUUGUUCCUGCCAUUCCUAAAGUGCUCUAUUGGACUGCAGAGAGUGAAAUGCCAGCACCAAUUGCAGCAUUCCGAAAGCGGGACAAGCAUGAGAAAGACGAUCUGGGAGCAGAGAAGGUCCCUCAAGAUGAGCCUUCAUUACUGGGGCAGAGCUGUCAGGCUCAGGCGGUAGAAGACAUAUUGGACAAAUACAGAAACAUCAAAAGAACCAGCCCGAGUGAGGGAGCAACACAGACCACCUAUGAUGUACCAGAAAUGUGUAAAGAGGGUGAAAGUGAACAUAAAUCCCAUAGAAAUGAGGGCCUACAGAACAUCUCUACGGAUGACCUGAUGGACUCUGCAAGCCAGACGGCACAGCCUCAGGACAGCAAGUUUUCCUUUAGUGAUGCUAAGAAGAAAUUACGUCUGGCUCUGUGCUCUGCAGAUUCUGUCGUUUUUCCUAUUAUGCCAGCUCUAACACGGAAUGGCCUCCCUGACCAUGCAGAUCCUCAAGACAAUGAGAUUGUGUGCUUUUUGAAAGUGCAGCUGGCAGAGGCUAUUAACUUGCAGGAUAAAAAUCAGAUGGCUCAGAUCCAGGAGACCAUGCGUUGUGUCAGUCGCCUGGACCCACGCACCUGCAGAAAGCUGCUCACAGCAAUUGCUGAGGACUACAGAAAACGGGCUCCGUACAUAGCGUAUUUGACACGGUGCCGGCAGGGACUGCAAACUUCUCAGGCUCAUCUGGAGAAGCUGUUGCAGAGAGUACUUAGAGAUAAAGAAGUGGCCAACCGCUAUUUUACUACUGUCUGUGUCCGACUGCUUCUAGAAGAUAUGGAGUCCAGGAUGCAGGACUUUAUCAAAGCAUUUCAGGGUUUCACAGCAGCUGAUGAUAAGACUGCAGCAGUGGAGGAUUUCCUGCGAUACCUCUAUGGUGCAAUGGCACAUGAUGUCAUCUGGCAGUAUGCCAGCGAAGAACAGCUACAAGAUGCCCAGAUGGCUAUUGAGCGCAGUGUCAUGAACCGCAUCUUCAAACUGGCUUUCUACCCAAACCAGGAUGGAGACAUUCUACGAGACCAGGUUCUGCAAGAGCACAUUAAUCGUCUGUCCAAAGUAGUGACUGCCAACCACAAGGCCCUCCAAAUCCCAGAGGUAUAUCUGAAAGAGGCUCCAUGGCCUUCUGCACAGGCAGAGAUCAGGACGAUCAAUGCUUACAAGACGCCGCGGGACAAGGUACAAUGCAUCCUGCGCAUGUGCUCCACCAUCAUGAAUUUACUCAGCUUGGCCAAUGAGGAUGCUGUGCCUGGAGCUGACGACUUUGUCCCUGUGCUUGUGUUUGUCCUUAUAAAGGCAAACCCACCCUGCCUUCUGUCCACCAUUCAGUACAUCAGUAAUUUCUAUGCCAGUCAGCUGAGUGGGGAGGAGUGCUAUUGGUGGAUGCAGUUCACAGCAGCCGUUGAAUUUAUUAAAACCAUUGAUGAACGCAAGUGAAACAGAACAGCCACCUGUAUGGGCAACUGUUGAAGGAGAAGAAAAGGAUGAAACUUCACAGCCAACUACACUGUCUUUCACUAAACCCACACAACAAGGCACUGCUUCACUUUGACUAGCUUAGUUAACUGUAUUUAGAGCCACACAGGCAUUGAAUGUUUAAAAAAAAAAAGGAAAAAGUGCCAUUAUAUUAAAAAAAUAAAAGUAAACUAUGUACAACUAUGUGAGGUGAUGUAGCUAGAUUUAACUGGGGAGGAGGAUGGGUAAGAUAUAUUAACCUUAAACUAAUUUUGGACUAUAUCCUUUAUUUUGAGUGAGGUGGUGGGACUUUUUUUUUUUUUAAUAUUAUUUAACUUGGAUAUUUGAAUAUCUCCAUGAACUAAAGAAGGGACCAGCCUUUUUGAUUGUGUAAUUAUAUUAGUGGAGGCAAGCAUAAGAGAAAAAUUAAGAGCCAUGCAUUCUCAUGUACAUUUUGCAAUCGUCAUUUAAAACCCUCUAUCAUAAUCCAGACUCCUACCACUUCACCUUAUUGCAGUUUUUGUGAUAGUUUCUUGCAUCACACUUUUUAAAAAGGCAGUUGGUUAAAUUUGUGUAUGCUGGUAGUCAUGUUCAUUUAUCAUUUCUCUUCCUUGACAAGUAAGGGCAUGCAUAUUUAUAUAACUAAAAGUAUAUUUAUUCUUUGUUUUAUGUGUAAUGUUUUUCAAAUUGGCCAUUGGAUGAGGCUAAUGGAACGAGCACUGUGGAGAAUAUUGCUCAAAUGAAAUGAAAUAUACUGAGAACUGACAAAACAGGGUUUCCUUUUGUGAGCAGAUAGAAUUGUGCUGUGUAUAAAUCUAUAUUUGCUUAGCAGACUUCUGGUUUGAUUUACUAUUUUAAUUAAAUUAUAGUAACUUGGUUUUGGGAUUGGUGAAUGUUUUUGGCCAUUUCAUAGAGUGGGAUCAAUUCUGUGCUGAAUAUAACAACCAAAAUGCUACCAUUAUAGCACUGGUACCUGAAGCAAUUACCUAUAUAUAUAUAUAUAUAUAUAUAUAUAUAUAUAUAUAUAAUUUUUUUUUUUUUUAAAUAAACAUUUACAUGGGUCAUAGAUGGAAAAAAAAUAUAAUUGGCUUUUGGCUUACAAAUGGUACAUAGUGAUUGAAAUUUUUAAAAACUUUGAGUACAAUUAAAUGGAUCCACUUCGAUUUUGUUCACGUUUUACUAAAGUGGAACAGAUCUCAGUCUCAUUUACUAGUCCCAUUAUUUUAGAACUAGGGGUGCAGGCUUUUUUUUUUUUUUGGUGUGUAUUAAUAUCCGUUUUCCUCCUAAUUCGGGUUUCUCAUUUAGCUUAUGUGAAUAUGGCAAAUGCCACAGAUAACAAAGACCUUUAUUUGCAGGAUACUUGAAUGUUCAUUAAAAACCAUAUUUUAAUGGGGUUUUGUCAAUCUUUUGUUUCCACAAAUAUUUUAAUCUUUCUUGGAAAAAAAAACUAGUGGCUCCAUUAUGCAUUUUGCUGGCAUGGUUUCCCAUGGGCUUAUAAUGAGGACGGGUGUAGUGUAGAAAUUUUCUUUACUGUAUUGUAAAAUGAUGAAUUAUAUCUUAACAAGUCUGCCAUGGAACCAUACUGCUUUUUUUUUUUUUUUUUUUUUGUAAAAGCUUUACAAUCUUUAACCAAUCUUUGUCCACUGCUCUUUGUAAAGAGUAUGCUCAUUAUUUUCAUGUCAUAGUGUGAUGUGUACGAUUGGGCACAUGGGAGAAAACUCUGUGAUAUAAACCUGUACAUAAUUCUUACACAACUAUUAAAGUUUUUUAGCUUAUAAUUGCACAAGAAUAACUGUUCUUGCUGUGUUUUGCAGCAUUAUGUGGCAGAAAAAAAGUUUAAAAGCCAUCAAAAUAUCUCAUCAUGCAUUUAGUGUCCGACAUCAUGAAUUAUAUAAAAUGUGUCCGAAAUCAAAGUUCAAGUUUUCAAACUGUUUUCUUUGUAUGACUGUUAGACUGGCUAUUGGUGUGUUAGUUGCCAGAUCUUGUCAAGGUGCAUAGAACACACAGACCACAGAGGAACAUAUUUAUAAAAAUUUUUGAGGAUGGCUCAAUAUGAAUAGUUGCUAAAAUCUGAUUGGCUGAAGGUGGCCAUGUUUGAGGUGAUUUAUUUUUAAAAAUGCAGCGACACACUGGCAGAUGCAGCAAACCAAAUUUCAGCUAAAUUGUACUUUUAGUUCCUGAGAAACAGCUAGUGGACUUAACUCCAGCCCUGAUUGAUGAGCACACCCCAACCCUUGAGGACAUCCUCAGAACCUUGUACUGAGCAUGCCUUUCAUUUUUGUGGCAAAAUUAAUUUAGCUUAAGCCAAGGAAUAAUAAAAAAAAAGUUUGAGUGUUGAACACAUGAGAUAUGGACCAAAGUGCUACCAUCAGACUGAUUUGAGCCCAUCUCACUUGCCUGCUUUUGGGUAGUGUGUGCUACUUGCUGACCAAGAUUCAUGUCUGAACGAUAUAUUUAAGUUAUUCCACGAAAUUGAGUCGUACAUGAGCUGAUGGCUGAUGAGGUGUGUGGCUAUAAUCCAUGUAUGACAAGAUUGAGUGGAAUAACUGUUUGAUUCCAUCCACAUUCACUGGAUUUUGAGAAAGUAUUUUUAUUUUUUGCAAAUUGGAUAAAUAAAAACUUUAUUCAAAACUUCCACUUCGAAUAUGGAAACCAGUGAAACGACGCUAGCAAUUUGUGGGAAAAUGCUAUAAUUCUUGAAAAAUAAAACAAAAUACAUUCUUA